GCGGCUCUUCGCGAGAUCUCGUCCGCAGCAGCAAAUCGGCUCCAGGAGACAAUUCUGCUCGUUUCUGCGGCGGGUCAUGGAGGUGUCGUCUCACAGCCUCUUCCUGCUGCAGCAGCUCAACGUGCAGAGAGAGUUCGGCUUCCUGUGCGAUUGCACCGUCGCCAUCGGAAACGUCUACUUUAAAGCCCACAGAGCCGUGCUGGCUGCCUUCUCCAACUACUUCAAGAUGAUCUUCAUCCACCAGUCCAGUGAAUGUAUAAAGAUCCAGCCCACUGACAUCCAACCAGAUGUCUUCAGCUACUUGCUGCACAUCAUGUACACUGGAAUGUGUCCCAAACAGCCCGUGGACCAGACCCGGCUGCAGGACGGGAUCAAGUUUCUUCACGCCUACCAGCUGUGCCGGAAGCCAGGUGAAGGACUUCCUGAUGGCGCCCCUGACAUGGUCCGUAUGUCCAACCUUUAUGGCAUACAGAUCUCAUCCCAGCUGGCCACCAAAGAUACAUCAGGAGUUUCCAAAACCACUACAGUGUCCCGGGGGGCCCCUGAAGAUGGGCUGGGGGCCCACUCCCAGCUGUCUCUUGCUGUUGGACUAGAGGGGGCCCCUCCAGACCACCAAGUAUCAGCGCUACGCAAAAUCUGUUCUGGGACCUCAGGGGAUGAUUCGGACAUGUCAAGUCGCAUCAAACAGGAGCGUGUAGAGGAAGAGGACGGUGAUGUAGAGGAGGGGCCUGGGGUGGGGUCUUUGUCCCCCACACAGGGCAGCAGCCCCCGUCAGGGUCCUCUGUUCAAAGACCAGCCCCUGGUCCUUCAGUGUCCCCGUUGUGGGGAGCGCUGCUCCUCUCCUGAGGACCUGAGAGAGCACCUGUUCAGCCACGCCCUUGACCCUGCCCGCCUAAUGGACAGGCUGCCGCAGGGUGGAGAGCUGGAGUCCGGUGUGGAGGAGGGGCUGGUGGGGGCCCAGGAGCAGCUGGAUGCAGGAUGCUUGGAGGAGGCACUAAGGCAGAGCCAGGCACUCGCCACUCAGCUGGCAGCAGAACUGAGGCGCAGCCGGGGUGGAGAAGGAGGAGGGUCCAGUCCUUCCCCCACAAUCCUGCAGUCACGGAAACGGAAGAUUGCCUGCGCAGUCUGCAGCCUGCGCUUCUCCCACAAGAGCCAGCUGCAGGAACACAUGUACACCCACACAGGCAAACCCAGCCGCUUCCACCGCUACAACCGCCUCUGCAGCCAGCUCUUCCAAGGCUCCGCCCACUUCAUUGAAGGUGCUGCUGAGCCCGGCGUAGGGGGUGGGGCCUCUACAGCACUAUCUGAGGACACCAAUCGGGACACUCAGGACAACGGGAGCUCGUGCUACUCAUUGGACUCUGAGGUGUCCCAGGAGAGCGUGGACGGUGUUCCCAUUGAGUGAUGUCACCCAAUGAUGUCAUGGUUGGAGACUUGGGUUGGAUUCUGUGUACCUGUGCAGGUGUAUGUGUAACUCAAUGGUGUGAUCAUAGUGCAGCAUUGAUGAAGCUGUUGAUGCCUUCAUCCUUCAGAAAGGCAGCAGUGAUUGAUGAGCAUCACCUUCCAUUCUCGUCCCUCUCUGGUUUCUCUGGUCGGCAUCCAUCUUUGUGGAGAUUAUCAACCUCUUCCACCCUAGCACUGGGAGCACUGGCUUAAGCCCAGUCAGCUGCAGGUCCAGUGUCAGCAGAUGCAGUAGUGCCUUGAUGUCCCGCCGGUUGGUUUCAUGUGGAUCUGGAUUGUGCAUUUAUAGUAAAAAGAAAUGACACCCGCUUAGGAAUGGAUCUUGUGAUCUGCUCCUCUCCUGGUGUCAUUGUGGACUUGAUUCGUCCUUAGAGAUUUAUAUUUCAUGAUGACAUGCAGAAGCAGUCCUGGAAACUUCUCAUGGAGUUAAAAUCUGUCCCAGAGUUUUAAAGAGUCCAUCCAAACCUUUUUUUGUUUUCUUUGGCCCAGUCAAAGUCCACACCUUCCACUGAGCUACAGGCUGAUAGGGACCAUCAGGCCUUCGAGCCUUAAAGACCUGAAAAAAAAUGGUGGAGAAACAUUGGACCUGGAGGGAAUGUCUGCGGUCCAAAAGGUGCAGGACGCCCUUUGUCCUCACUGAUCUGGCAUUUAUAGGGUGUACUUACUUUUUAACAAGAUCUGUCUAAUGUGUACUGACUGAAAUUUGUUCUCUUUCUUAAAAUCCUGUCUUUGGUUUCUUGGAUGUGGGCUUCUGUUGAAGAGCCAUAACAGCUGUGUCCUCCUGCGGUUUGGUCUCCAUGGAGAUGUGGCUCAUCAAUCGAUGAACAUUAGCAGCUCAGAUCAGUUCAAAUCAGAGAGCAAAUCCAGCCAGAGUUGCUUCAAUUAAUGAAUGAUCUGCAAAUCAUUCAGUCCCUUCAGCUCAGCUGUGACUCCAGAAAACCACACAGAUGCUCCUUAAAGUUUUCUGAGGUCACAUGACAAGAGUCAUCACCGGUCGCUGCUCAUCGAACAGUCAACUCUCUUACCACGUUUUCUCAUGACCACAGGACGUUUUGUGUCUAAAUGUUUUUUUUUUCACACGUGUUGUUUUUCAUUAAUGAAACUUUUUUGUAAAUAAAUGUCUUUCAA